AUGGGUCGCGGUCCGAAAAAACAUCAGAAGCGUCUCAGUGCGCCUUCGCACUGGCUUUUGGACAAGCUCUCGGGCGCCUAUGCCCCGAAGGCGUCCCCUGGACCUCACAAAGGCCGUGACUGCCUCCCUCUGAUCGUUUUCCUCCGAAACCGUCUCAAGUACUCCCUGAACAACCGCGAGACGAGAGCUAUCUUGAUGCAGCGUCUCAUCAAGGUCGAUGGCAAGGUCCGCACAGAUAUCACCUAUCCCGCUGGCUACAUGGAUGUCAUCUCAAUUGAGAAGACCGGAGAGCACUUCCGUCUGGUCUACGACACCAAGGGCCGCUUUGCCAUUCACCGUAUCGAACAAGCUGAGGCAGAAUACAAACUCGGCAAGGUCAAGAGAGUGCAACUCGGCAGAGGAGGCAUCCCAUACUUGGUUACGCAUGAUGCUCGAACGAUCCGAUACCCUGACCCGGCCAUCAAGGUCAAUGACACCGUCAAGCUCGACCUUGCUACUGGAAAGAUCACCGAUUUCAUCCGCUUUGACACCGGUGUAAUUGCCAUGGUCACUGGUGGUCGUAACAUGGGCCGUGUCGGUGUCAUCACUCACCGAGAGAGACACGACGGCGGUUUCAACAUCGUUCACAUCAAGGAUGCCAUUGACAACUCGUUCGCUACUCGAGAGAACAACGUCUUCAUCAUUGGCAAGGAAAAGCCGUGGAUCAGUCUGCCUAAGGGCAAGGGUGUCAAGUUGUCUAUUGCCGAGGAGAGAGAUCGUCGUCGCGCCGUUCAGAUGGCCAAGGGUGGUGCUUAA